AUGCGCCUCUCCACCGCGACCGCCGCCGUCCUGGCCGCCUCGACGUCGACCGUCGUCUCCGCCGCCAACCUCACCUUCGCCGUCGUAGCCCCGCACGCGGCGCUCCUCCCCGGCGGCAGCGGCGCCGCCGCCGCAGCCUCCCUCCCGGCCUCGACGCACGCGACCCUGCACGCGCGGGGCCCGGCGCUCUCGGCCCCGCUGCGCCGCGACGGCACCUUCGCCUUCGUCGACGUCGCGCCCGGGUCGUACCUGCUCAGCGUGCACGCGCGCGACCACGUGUUUGAGAAUUUGAGGGUGGAUGUCGAGGUCGCGGCGGAUUAUGGUGGGGAUGACAACAAGAAGGAGGGGGCGACUGGGGUGGAGAAGGUGAGGGCGUGGCAGACGUUUCGGGGGAACGAGUGGGCGAAUCGGGGGGAGAAGAGGGGGGAGAGCACGGCGACGGCGACGGCGGCGACGGGCGGGGCGCAGAUGAUGGCGGAGGUGAGGGUGGUGGGGCGGAAGGAAUAUUACCAGGAGAGGUCGGGGUUCAGCCCGUUGGCGUUCUUGAAGAACCCGAUGAUUUUGAUGGGGGUGUUCAGCUUGGCGUUGAUUGUGGGCAUGCCGUAUCUCAUGGAUAACAUGGACGAGGAGACCAAGGCCGAGUUCGAGGAGAUGCAGAAGAACAGCCCGCUUGGGCAGAAUCCGGCGAGCCAGCUGCAGAAUUUCGAUCUGGCGUCUUUCUUGGCCGGCAAGAAGGAGGACCAGCCGCAGCAGUCGUCACAGAGCGGUGGGAACGGUGCUAGGAAGCGCGGCUAG